GGCCGUCCGCAGCCCGGCGCCUCGCUCGGUGACGCCCUGGCGCCCGGCCGGCCCUCAGGGAGGCGGACCCCGCGGCCCGCGCCUCGCACCUUGCCCGCGGUCGGGCCGGACUGGGCGGUGUCAGCGGAGGCCCUCGCCAGGCGCGUCCGCCGCGCGACACCCGGGCAGCCGCGGCGCUGACGGGAGCGGCAGCGGGAGGUCCGCCAUGGAGACCCGCUACAACCUGAAGAGCCCGGCUGUUAAACGAUUGAUGAAAGAAGCGGCAGAAUUGAAAGAUCCAACAGAUCAUUACCACGCCCAGCCUCUGGAGGAUAACCUUUUUGAAUGGCACUUCACAGUUAGAGGGCCCCCAGAUUCUGAUUUUGAUGGAGGAGUUUAUCAUGGACGAAUAGUGCUGCCACCAGAGUAUCCCAUGAAACCACCGAGCAUUAUUCUGCUAACGGCUAAUGGACGUUUUGAAGUAGGCAAGAAGAUCUGCCUGAGCAUCUCAGGGCAUCAUCCUGAAACCUGGCAGCCUUCAUGGAGCAUAAGGACAGCAUUGCUGGCCAUCAUUGGAUUUAUGCCAACUAAAGGAGAGGGAGCCAUAGGUUCUCUAGAUUACACACCUGAGGAAAGAAGAGCACUUGCCAAAAAAUCACAAGAUUUCUGUUGUGAAGGCUGUGGCUCUGCCAUGAAGGAUGUCCUGUUGCCUUUAAAAUCUGGAAGUGAUUCAAGCCAGGCUGACCAAGAAGCCAAAGAACUGGCGAGACAAAUUAGUUUUAAGGCUGAAGUCAAUUCAUCUGGAAAGACUAUCGCCGAAUCAGACUUAAACCACUCUUUUUCACUAAAUGAUUCACAAGAUGAUUUACCUACAACAUUCCAGGGUGCUACAGCUGGCACAUCGUAUGGAGCCCAGAAUCCAUCUGGAGCACCCUUGUCACAGCCUACCCAACCGGCUCCUAAGAAUACCUCCAUGAGCCCUCGACAGCGCCGGGCCCAGCAGCAGAGUCAGAGAAGGUCCUCCACGCCCCCCGAUGUGAUCCAAGGCCAGCCACCAAGAGCCAACCACACUGAGCACGGCGGGUCUGCCAUGCUCAUCGUCAUCCUCACUUUGGCAUUGGCAGCUCUUAUAUUCCGACGGAUAUAUCUGGCCAAUGAAUACAUAUUUGACUUUGAGUUAUAAUGCUGGUUUGUGACUUAAGAGCUGAGGCUCGGUUGCUUCAUUAAACAUUCUGCAUUGGGUAUAACCUAAGGAUUGUUUACAAAAAGAUUAUUUUAUAUUUACUCUUCAUUACUUUUUUAUCGUUAUAAAUUCAUUGUGCUGUAGGUAGACAUUCAGGCUAUGGUCCAACAGUUUGUCCUGCUUAGAUUAAGGGACUGGAAGCCAUAGUUUCUUGUCUUACUAUUUAAUCUACUUCACAAACAAGUAACUUAUUGUGGCUGCUCAGACCCAAGCUGCUUCUCUGUGGAUUUUUCAGUGCUUUUCUGUGUAGUCUUUUGGAGUUUUCAGAUAAAACGUGGUGUCUUCACACCAGAGUAUUACUGGUUACUCAGUGUAACUUACUGAGUAUCUCUAGGUAUGUAGACUGAGACGGGGUAAAGAAUGGCAGGGCAAAUUGCUCACCACCUUCUUGAAAAGUGUCAUUUAUAGAAGAGAGACUGGGAUUGCCCAUUCUGUGAUCUUUGUAUUCGAAACUUUGUUCAGUGACAAUAAUUUGAUUUCAGACAUUUAUGAAGAUGUUUGUUAUAUUUUUGUUUUGGGAUAUUACUUGAAGAGGAAAGACUUUGUAGCCACUUUGAUAUGCUGUUAUCACCUCCAGUAUGCACACAAAUGAAAAGAAAACAGGCCUUUAUAACCCUAUCUUACAGAAGAAAGGGUCCAUGCCAAGAAAUAGUUUGAUUUUCUUUCACAAGUCAGGUGAGGAGAUCUUUGCUCUACUUUCAUUUGUACAUGGUUUGAAUUAUAUAUAUAUUAUAUGCCCAGCUUGGUAAUCACCAUAGCUUUUAAUUAUUCUAGGAAUAUUCAUAAUAAAAUUCUAAUAGGAAAACUCAGGGCCCAAGUAACAGUGGUAGAGAAAUAAAGAGCAAACUUUUAUUUAGAAUUGUUCACUAAUCAAAGCCCAAGAAAAAUUUCAAUGAAAAUUUUAUCUGUCCUUAGUGCUAGCCAAUCUCCCAGAUGCUGACAUCUGAUUUUUCAUCACAGUGCCUAGUGAGACCACUUAAGGCAAUAUUAUAUUGCCUUCAGCGUGUUCCUUCAAUAACAUCAAGGGAACUCCUGAGGGCCCUGUGUUGCUGGGUUAACUGGAAAAUAUAGGCAGUCCCCAGCUUUUUAAAUAUAUCAUGCUCUCAAAGCCUGUUUGUAAGUAGUUUUUUUUAAGACAACUGAAUAUAAAUGGUUUUUGGUUUCUAGGUCAUUCCACAAAAGGUUAGUUAGCUCAUAUGUAUUUUAAGUAUGUGUGGGAGGGUAGUUGUAAAGUCCGUAUGUGGUUUUAACUAAAUACAAUUAUGGGCAUGCUAGAACAGCUCACAAACUCAUUUUAAAGGUGAGUUUAAUUUUCACUCCUAUUAUGUGAUUUGGGAUCUGUUAACCAUUGAACAUACUUUCCAUUUUUAUUUGGUAGCCAGUUUUGUUGUUGUAUCAACACCUAAAAUCUAAAAGGGCACUAUAUGCAUUUUAUAGUUAUUCAGAUUGUUUAUGUCUGCAUAUGAAAUUGGAAAAGUCUAAAAAGCCCAAGAACUUUGUGAUGACCCCAUGUCAGGAACACGAUAGGUUACCAUUUGUUAAAUUUUCUUGCCAUGAAAAAAUAUAUUCUGAGGCCGUAGUUUAUAAUACCGGAUAUGAAAAACACUGGGCCAGUAGUCUCCUAGAAAGAAGUCAGAGUUUGGGAGAGAAACCCUACGCCACCACCCUGUGCUGAGAGGGUCAUGUGCUAACGCAGUCUUCCUCCCAGUAGUCUGGCAGCCUUUGGAGCUCUGUGAUCUUGCUGCAUCUUCCGUGGGCGCCUGUGCUGAGCACUUUUGCUCUGUGAUCUCAUCUAUUCUCCCCUCACUGUUGCUAACUGGCUACCUCUAUGUGUGUUGGCAUCUUUUAGCAUCUGAUAGACACAUCAAAGUGGUACAUUUGCUUUUCCCCUCAUGUGCUAUGUAGAAAUUGUCUUCCCACCUGCGCCUUGGAUUCAGUGACCUCACUGAAGGGCCUCUAUUGUUAAAGCCUCAGUUUAGCCCCUCAAUUCCAGCAUAAGACCCAAAUCAUGUAGAAGCUGGUAGGUAAAGUCUUAGGAUCUCCAUUUCUCCAGUUCUCAGAUUUCAGAACUUAAGGCUUCUUCACGGACCAGCAUAGCAUAUGGCUACACAUCAAGAUAGUUAAAAUAGCAUGCUUGAAAAAUAUGCCUGUUUUGCUUGUAGCGAUCUAAGCUCAUGAACUUUCCAAAUCUUCUGUAUGUGGGGGAUUUAUGUAGCACUUUACAUUUCCAUGCUGCUGGUUGUUUUAUUCUACUGAAAUAAAUGAUUUCAUCAAGCUUC